AUGCUGGUCCGAACAUUGCCUGCCCCUGCAGCACAAGUAACACUUGCCAUACAAGCAACGACGGUGCUGUACACUGUCCACAAUUUCCGUACGGUGGUGGAGCUAGUUUUCAGCCAUACGGGAACCAAGUCUAUCCACUCGGCUAUCAGAAGCCUUUCCAACCCAGCUACCAUUCCUACCCACCGUCGUGUCACGGGAAUGGAUUUGACCCUUCUGUAUUAA